UGCCUAGGCCAUCUCUCUGGGUAGCAACGAGCCGGUCCCCGCAGAUCUGAGCCGUGUCGGUCCAAACCUUCGAGUCCCUUUGACACAGAUAUUUGAAGAGACCCCGCCUGGCAAAGGGAAGUCGACCCUUUUCGCUUUCGUGCAGCCAGGUGCCUUGCAGCAGUCUGCAAACUUUUGUGACCCUCCCUGCGUGGUUCUCACCUGGUGUGGCUCCUGUUCGGUUCUCUCUUGCGCCCUUCCCCCAGCUCCCCUUGCCUUAGCGCAUCUGCCCAUUUCUCUCACUGUGUUCUUGCAGUUCGACUUUUUGCUCCCUGCAGCUCCGGUUCCAGAGGCGAGGGCUCGAGAUCUAGUAGUGCCUCUCCUGCCUGUCGCAGUUGCGUAGGGGCAAAGAGGGCGAACCAGGAUAGGUGGGACUUAAGAGAAGGCUGCUGCCACCCGAGGUCUUCAUCCAGGGUGGUGGGUGUCAGACCGCUGGAGCCCGCCACCCUCGAUUCGAUAAUAAAAAUUCCCCGAGUGGCUUUCGGUUAUGGUUAUGUGCCAUGGGAAAUGCAAGUGUUGAUCUGGGUGGGUGAAGUGGUUCUGGAAGGAAAAGAUCCCCCUUGAGGAUGCGGGAGGCAGUGGAGGAUGAGCUCUGCCCAAGGGUGAGGGGAGAGGAAAGGCUCUGCUAAUGUGGGCAUCCCACCCUGGCUACUGAAGAGGAUUUGGAAAAGAGAUUCAAGUCCGGUCGGGGUGGAGGCCGCUGGCCCGGGUGUGUAAAUACAGGGGGAGGGGCUAGGUACCUGGGAGGUCCGGAGGUGGGAGGCAGCCCUGGAAUUCCUGCCUAAGGGUAUUUAGGAAGGCUGGCUGCUUCUGCCUGGGGUAGAUAGAGCUCCCUCCCCAGGAACAAACAAACCUCUGGGCUACAUUCUGAAUGCGUUGGCAUCUUGGGCGGUGACUGAAUGUUCAGAUCAUGGACCGCGGAAGCUGUCUCUGGCUCCAAGAGGACCGACCACAGCCCCUCUCCUCUCCGGCUUCCGCUUUCUACACCUCUUCAUCUCCGCAACCGGCACUUGGGGCUACUAGCUGCCUGCUUCAAAACAGACAGCCCCAGAGCCCAGGACCAAGAUGGGGAUUCCCUCCAAAAAGCUUCGGAUGUGUGGAUGUGUUUCUGGGGCACAAAGGCGGCCACACCCUCCCCAGUCAGACCUGGCUGGUGACAGCAUGCAACUUCUGAAUUACCUGGCUAUCUGAGGUUCCCAGGCAAGGACAGGAGUGAUGAAGAAGGCCCUGCGCUAGCUGCAUCCUUUUGAACCACCAGGGAAAUCCAGAGUGGGUGGAGCCAGAACCAUCAAGACACUUGGUGUGAAUGAGGAAUGGACUCGUGAUUAUGCUGAGGUUCCAGAAUGAAUCUGGUCGACCUGUGGCUGUCCCGUUCCCUCUCCAUGUGUCUCCUCCUCCAGAGCUUUGUCCUGAUGAUACUGUGCUUUCAUUCUGCCAGUAUGUGUCCCAAAGGCUGCCUUUGUUCUUCCUCUGGGGGUUUAAACGUCACCUGUAGCAAUGCAAAUCUCAAGGAAAUACCCAGAGAUCUCCCUCCUGAAACUGUUUUGCUGUAUCUGGACUCCAAUCAGAUCACAUCCAUCCCCAAUGAGAUUUUUAAGGACCUCCAUCAACUGAGAGUUCUCAACCUGUCCAAAAACGGCAUCGAGUUUAUUGACGAGCACGCAUUCAAAGGGGUAGCAGAAACCCUGCAGACCCUGGACUUGUCUGACAACAGGAUUCAAAGCGUGCACAAAAAUGCCUUCAAUAAUCUGAAGGCCAGGGCUAGGAUUGCCAACAACCCAUGGCAUUGUGACUGUACCCUCCAGCAGGUUUUGAGGAGCAUGGCAUCCAAUCAUGAGACAGCACACAAUGUCAUUUGCAAGACCUCAGUGUUGGAUGAGCAUGCUGGGAGACCGUUCCUCAAUGCCGCCAAUGAUGCUGACCUUUGUAACCUCCCUAAAAAGACAACUGACUAUGCCAUGCUCGUCACCAUGUUUGGCUGGUUCACCAUGGUGAUCUCUUACGUGGUAUAUUAUGUGAGGCAGAAUCAGGAGGAUGCCCGGAGACACCUUGAAUACUUGAAAUCCCUGCCAAGCAGGCAAAAGAAGGCAGAUGAGCCUGAUGACAUUAGCACUGUGGUAUAAGGACCACACUGCCUGGCAUUGGGAAGGUAGCUUCUGGUUGUAAUAGAAUAAGUGGUUCUCUUCUUCCACCAUUGUACACGUUUAAAACUUUGUAUUUUAGUUUCUUUUGAAUCACACCGUGUUGAACUUUUCAC